CCAUGGUUAGAAAAUGGUGCGCUGAGCAGUUACCUCGAACGUGAGCACGAAAUGCUUUCUCACAACAAAAAGUUUGCACUGCUUAAGGACAUAGCUCAAGGGCUUCAGUAUCUGCAUUCGCGGUCAAUUACCCAUGGUGACUUGAGCGGCAACAACGUUCUCGUUGAUAAAGAUGGAAAAGCAAGCCUCACUGAUUUUGGUCUUUCUGCUCUCGUUCCCGAGAGAAUAAGUCAAGUAGCAUUAAAGCCAACCUGUUGCGGAGGCACCGCACACUACAUGCCACCAGAAUACUUGGCGGUCGAUGAUGAGGGCAAUGCGUCAGCGCCGGUAUUUUCUCCGAAAAGUGAUGUAUACUCUUUCGGAGGGAUCAUGCUACAGGUAUUGGAGGGCAAGGUCCCAUACCAUUACAUCCACAACCAGUUCGCCGUAAUGAACAAUAUAUCACGCGGAAUAAAACCCAGAAAGCCACCCGCAUCUGUUGUCAUUGACAGCGAUUGGAAUUUCAUGCAGACCUGUUGGUCAGGAGAUAUGGAGCGUCGGCCCUCUGACGAAGACAUCCUGAAGUUUGUGGAAGGACGGACUAGAAUUCAGUCCUAGUUAAUCUUACCUCUGCACUUGUUUUUCUGUCGUGUAGAUUAGGAACCAUGGACGUCGCCUGGAUACAAUGUCUGAAUUCCAAUCGAUCGAUUCUAUCAC